CAGAAACAUAGCCGAACGAUUAAACAUAGCCAACAUAGCCGAACGAUUGAAGUUGUUACGCUUUCGGUGUAUAUUAGCUAUUGUGUUUUAGACACACUUCUGUCGUAUCUACUUGUUAACCUAUUUAAUUUAAUAUUACGUAAUUUGUAUUAGUCAGCUAUAACCUGCCAACUAUUAAGUUAGCACUAGCCUAGUUGCUAAUGACAGCUAGCUAGCUAACAUCCCCGACCAUGAGCUCCAUUAACUACUCCCCUCCUGUUAAAGAAGAGGAGGUCUGCUGGACGGAGAAAGAAGCUCUUGUGAAAGAGGAGGAGGAAGAAGAGGAUGUCACAGUAAAAAAAGAGGGUGAGGCUGUUACAGUGAAAGAAGAAGAGAAAGAUGUUUCAAUGAAAGAAGAGGAAGACGCGUUCAGAGUGAAAGAUGAGGAUGUUACAGUAAAAGAAGAGGAGGCAGAGAAAGAGGAUACAGUUUUUGAAGUGAAGGAGGAGAAAGAGAGAAUAUUGACAGAGGAGUCAGGAGAUCUGAUUACCACCCGAGAGAGAUGUGACCAUCGUGGAUCCUCUGGGGAGUCUCAACAGCAUCAUGAUGCUGACGAGGCAGAGAAGAGUCUCUCCAGAUCAGAACACCUCAAGAAACACCAGCAGAGACACACAGGAAAGAAACCACACUGCUGCUCUGACUGUGGGAAACGUUUCAAAUCUUCAUCAGAACUUAAAAAUCACCAGCGAGUACACACAGGAGAGAAGCCUUAUAGCUGUAAUCAAUGUGGGAAGAGUUUUACUCAUUCAAGUAAUCUGAAAACACACCAGAGAACACACACAAGAGAUAAGCCUUACAGCUGUGAACAGUGUGGCAAGAGUUUUACUCAGGCAAGCAACCUGGUAUCACACCAGAGAACACACACAGGAGAGCAGCCAUACAGCUGUGAUCAGUGUGGCAAGAGUUUUACUCAGUCAAGCAACCUGGUAUCACACCAGAGAAUACACACAGGAGAGCAGCCAUAUAGCUGUGAGCAAUGUGGGAAAAACUUUUCUCGGGGAGAACGCCUUAAAGAGCACCAGAGAACACACACAGGAGAGAAGCCUUAUAUCUGUGACCAGUGUGGCAAGAGUUUUACUCAGUCACGCAACCUGCUAUCACACCAGAGAACACACACAGGAGAGCAGCCAUAUAGCUGUGAGCAAUGUGGCAAGAGUUUUACUCAGUCAAGCAACCUGGUAUCACACCAGAGAACACACACAGGAGAGCAGCCAUAUAGCUGUGAGCAAUGUGGGAAAAGCUUUUCUCGGAUAGAACAUCUUAAAGGACACCAGAGAACACACACAGGAGAGAAGCCUUAUAGCUGUAAUCAGUGUGGGAAGAGUUUUACUCAGUCAAACAGCCUGAAUAGACACCAGAGAACACACACAUGAUAGAAAUCGUAUAGCUGUAAUCAGUGUGGGAAGAGUUGUAUCACCAGAGAGCACACACAGGAGAGCAGCCAUAUAGCUGUGAGCAAUGUGGGAAAAGCUUUUCUCAGAACACCUUAAAGGACACCAGAGAACACACACAGGAGAGAAACCUUAUAGCUGUAAUCAGUGUGGGAAGAGUUUUACUCAGUCAAACAGCCUGAAUAGACACCAGAGAGCACACACAUGAUAGAAAUCGUAUAGCUGUAAUCAGUGUGGGAAGAGUUUUAUCACCAGAGAGCACACACAGGAGACACUGCUCUGCUCUGACUUUGAAGAGCUUUGCUUCCCUAAGAAACCUGACACAACACCAGAGAACACACACAGGAGAGAAGCCUCGUAGCUAUGAUCAGUGUGACAAGAGAUACUCUCAUUCAAGUGGUCUGAUUAAACAUCAGAAAAUACAUGCAGGAGAUCCACAGGGUGUAGAAUGACCAACACCAGACCUAUAUACAGUGCCUUGCGAAAGUAUUCGGCCCCCUUGAACUUUGCGACCUUUUGCCACAUUUCAGGCUUCAAACAUAAAGAUAUAAAACUGUAUUUUUUGUGAAGAAUCAACAACAAGUGGGACACAAUCAUGAAGUGGAACGACAUUUAUUGGAUAUUUCAAACUUUUUUAACAAAUCAAAAACUGAAAAAUUGGGCGUGCAAAAUUAUUCAGCCCCUUUACUUUCAGUGCAGCAAACUCUCUCCAGAAGUUCAGUGAGGAUCUCUGAAUGAUCCAAUGUUGACCUAAAUGACUAAUGAUGAUAUAUACAAUCCACCUGUGUGUCAUCAAGUCUCCGUAUAAAUGCACCUGCACUGUGAUAGUCUCAGAGGUCCGUUAAAAGCGCAGAGAGCAUCAUGAAGAACAAGGAACACACCAGGCAGGUCUGAGAUACUGUUGUGAAGAAGUUUAAAGCCGGAUUUGGAUACAAAAAGAUUUCCCAAGCUUAAACAUCCCAAGGAGCACUGUGCAAGCGAUAAUAUUGAAAUGGAAGGAGUAUCAGACCACUGCAAAUCUACCAAGACCUGGCCGUCCCUCUAAACUUUCAGCUCAUACAAGGAGAAGACUGAUCAGAGAUGCAGCCAAGAGGCCCAUGAUCACUCUGGAUGAACUGUAGAGAUCUACAGCUGAGGUGGGAGACUCGGUCCAUAGGACAACAAUCAGUCGUAUAUUGCACAAAUCUGGCCUUUAUGGAAGAGUGGCAUGAAGAAAGCCAUUUCUUAAAGAUAUCCAUAAAAAGUGUUGUUUAAAGUUUGCCACAAGCCACCUGGGAGACACACCAAACAUGUGGAAGAAGGUGCUCUGGUCAGAUGAAACCAAAAUUGAACUUUUUUGGCAACAAUGCAAAACGUUAUGUUUGGCGUAAAAGCAACACAGCGCAUCACCCUGAACACACCAUACCCACUGUCAAACAUGGUGGUGGCAGCAUCAUGGUUUGGGCCUGCUUUUCUUCAGCAGGGACAGGGAAGAUGGUUAAAAUUGAUGGGGAGAUGGAUGGAGCCAAAUACAGGACCAUUCUGGAAGAAAACCUGAUGGAGUCUGCAAAAGACCUGAGACUGUGACGGAGAUUUGUCUUCCAACAAGACAAUGAUCCAAAACAUAAAGCAAAAUCUACAAUGGAAUGGUUAAAAAAUAAACAAAACUGAUAGAGACAUACCCCAAGCGACUUACAGCUGUAAUCGCAGCAAAAGGUGGCGCUACAUAGUAUUAACUUAAGGGGGCUGAAUAAUUUUGCACGGCCAA